AUGAUUGCUCUCUUCUCAAUCCUCUUGGCUCUGCUGGCUCCUCAAUCAUCAAAUGCAGCUAUUUCUGGAGAGCUGAACUGCACUACCUACAAUGGAACAUCGUCCCACGCCUCAACUGUGCCACCAUCACCCAAUCUCAAUGCAUGUCUUCCCAAUGGAGAACCAUCAUCGCUACCGACUGCCCAUCUGCCUGUGGAUUCUGUAACGAUGGUGGAUGUGUUGACGGUGUCGUUGAUUGCAACAACGAUCGCUCCAUCUGCCAAAGUGUUGGAAUGCAAGACUUUGUCAACCAAUAUUGCCAGAAGACAUGCCAAAGAUGCACCGGUUCCUCCACAGCUUCAUCUGGAACCGGAGGAUCGUGCACCUCAUACAUUGCCGAUUCUAGCAGUGCUUGCGCCGCCUGGGCUACCAACGGAUUCUGCACCAACACCUUCUACACAGCCGCUCAACGCAGAGCCUAUUGUGCUACGUCUUGCAGACUCUGCUAGAUAUUUGACAAACUAG